GGAGGAGGGAAGGAGGAGGGAGGGGAGGGGGAAGAGAGGAGGAAGGAGGAAGGAGCUCAGGAGGGAUGAGAGAGGCGGCCAGGGCCCCGGGCCGAAGCUGCGUGGGGCCGGGGGACCAAGGGGGCUGAGGCACCCCAAUUGCCCCCUCCCCCUUUUCCUUCCCUCUUCCAUCCUUUCCUUCCACCCUCCUGCUUGAGGAAGGGGAUUUAUUCAAAUUUUAUUUAAAUCGCUAUCUCCGGAGGGUCGCGCGCUGGGGGGAGGGGGGAGGGAGGGGGCGCGCGCAGGCUGGGGGGGCGGGGCCGAGCAGCUUCCUUCACCCCCCUCUGCUCGCCCCGUGGCAGUGAGGGCAGGGGGCCGCAGACCAGGGACGGGCCCAGGGGAGGGGGGCAGGUUACAGGGACCCCCCCCUCCCCGGGAACCGGCGGUGGGCGGGGCUUGAACCCCGGAAACGGUGGGGGGCCCAGGCCUGGCCCUGAACCCCUGGGCAGUGGGGGCCGGGAAGGGGCCAGUUAAAGGGCCGGGGGCGCUGGGGAGAGGCGGGGCGGGGUGGGGGGAGGGGAGCUGGGACUCGGACCCCCGAACUGAGUGGGACCCGGGCAGAAGCUGUGCACCCUGCGCCCGAGGAGCCCCCGUUGGCCUGGGGGGGCUGAGGGACUAAGCCCCCCAGAGCAGGACCUCCCCCUGGAAGGGCCGCGCCGCAGCCCGUGGGAGGGCCUAGCCCCCGGCGCCCCCCAUCUCCACUCGCCGCCGUCCCGGCCUCCGCCGGAGGGAGGGGCCGAGCGCCCUCGGGGGGCCGUGGACCCCGGCGUUCUGAGCGUUUCGCGCCCCGCGCCGCCCGGCCCCCCCGCCGCCGAUGGCCGCCGACCCGCCGGGAGCUGCCGAGAAGGGAGAGAUGGCUCCCGGGACACGUGUGAGCCCUCGGCGUUGCUGACGCCCCCAAUGUCGUCGAGCAGCCGGGGGCCGGGGGCCGGAGCGCGCCGACGCCGAACCCGCUGCCGCCGCUGCCGGGCCUGUGUGCGAACUGAGUGCGGGGACUGCCACUUCUGCCGAGACAUGAAGAAGUUCGGGGGGCCCGGGCGCAUGAAGCAGUCGUGCCUGCUCCGGCAGUGCACUGCUCCUGUGCUCCCACACACAGCUGUAUGCCUCUUGUGUGGGGAGGCUGGGAAGGAGGACACAGUGGAGGGAGAGGAAGAGAAAUUUGGUUUGAGCCUCAUGGAGUGUACAAUCUGCAACGAGAUCGUCCACCCUGGCUGCCUGAAGAUGGGGAAGGCUGAGGGUGUUAUCAAUGCAGAGAUCCCCAACUGCUGGGAGUGCCCUCGCUGCACCCAGGAAGGCCGGACCAGCAAGGAUUCAGGUGAGGGACCAGGCCGCCGCAGGGCUGACAACGGCGAGGAGGGCGCCAGCCUGGGGAGUGGAUGGAAGCUGACGGAGGAGCCGCCGCUUCCACCACCCCCACCCAGGCGCAAGGGUCCCCUACCUGCUGGGCCCCCCCCAGAAGACGUGCCUGGGCCCCCUAAAAGAAAGGAGAGGGAGGCAGGGAAUGAGCCCCCUACCCCAAGGAAAAAGGUGAAAGGAGGCCGAGAGAGGCACCUGAAGAAGGUGGGUGGAGACGCCUGCCUCCUCCAAGGAUCGGACCCAGGCGGCCCCGGCCUUCUGCCCCCCAGGGUUCUGAAUCCGAGCCAGGCUUUCUCGUCCUGCCACCCUGGGCUCCCUCCCGAGAACUGGGAGAAACCAAAGCCACCUUUGGCCUCUGCUGAGGGCCCAGCGGUCCCGUCCCCAUCACCCCAGAGGGAGAAGCUAGAGCGUUUCAAGCGGAUGUGCCAGCUGCUGGAGCGGGUGCCUGACACCUCCUCGUCCUCGUCAGACUCCGACUCGGACUCCGACUCGUCAGGCACAUCCUUGAGUGAGGACGAGGCUCCUGGGGAGGCCCGGAAUGGGCGACGGCCAGCCCGGGGCAGCUCAGGCGAGAAGGAGAACCGCGGGGGGCGGCGGGCUGUGCGCCCUGGCGGUGGGGGGCCCCUCCUCAGCUGGCCCCUGGGCCCCGCCCCCCCGCCCCGGCCCCCACAGCUGGAGCGGCACGUGGUGCGGCCCCCACCUCGGAGCCCCGAGCCCGACACGCUGCCUUUGGCUGCUGGAUCCGACCACCCCCUGCCCCGCGCCGCCUGGCUUCGUGUCUUCCAGCACCUCGGGCCCCGAGAGCUAUGCGUUUGCAUGCGAGUCUGCCGGACUUGGAGCCGCUGGUGCUACGACAAGCGUCUGUGGCCUCGAAUGGACCUGAGCCGGCGGAAGUCACUGACCCCGCCCAUGCUUAGUGGUGUGGUUCGUCGCCAGCCUCGAGCCCUGGACCUCAGCUGGACAGGUGUCUCCAAGAAGCAGCUCAUGUGGCUUCUGAACCGACUGCAAGGCCUGCAGGAGCUGGUGCUCUCUGGCUGCUCCUGGCUCUCCGUCUCUGCCCUGGGUUCAGCCCCACUGCCGGCCCUGCGGCUCCUCGACCUCCGCUGGAUCGAGGAUGUUAAAGACUCCCAGCUCCGAGAGCUGCUGCUGCCUCCGCCAGACACCAAACCAGGGCAAACGGAGAGCCGUGGGCGGCUGCAGGGGGUAGCAGAGCUGCGCCUGGCUGGCCUGGAGCUGACGGAUGCCUCCUUGCGGCUCCUGCUGCGCCACGCACCCCAGCUGAGCGCUCUGGACCUGAGCCACUGCGCCCACGUUGGGGAUCCCAGCGUCCACCUCCUCACGGCCCCCACCUCCCCGCUCCGAGAGACCCUGGUACACCUCAAUCUCGCCGGUUGCCACCGCCUCACGGACCACUGCCUCCCGCUGUUCCGCCGCUGCCCGCGCCUACGUCGCCUAGACCUGCGCUCCUGCCGCCAGCUCUCACCUGAAGCUUGUGCCCGGCUGGCAGCCGCCGGGCCCCCUGGCCCCUUCCGCUGCCCAGAGGAGAAGCUGCUUCUCAAGGACAGCUAGUUGGGUGCCCCCCACCCUCCCCCAGGACUCAUCAGGAGCCUGGACCUCAGGCCUUCAUUUCACCCCUGCCAGGAGGCCAGGUUACCCACCUCAUGACUUGGGAUACCUGAGUUUUAUGACUUGGGAUUCCUGCCCAGGGACUUGAGCCAGCCUCCCCCCUCUCUACCCCCUGCACUGAUAUCUCUGGGGGUCUCUCCUUCCCAUCCCCUCCCCCUUCCACCUGCUUCAUUGUCCAUCCCCUGGGGGGAGUGGGUCAGAGGUACUGGGGGUGCUGAGCCAAAGGGAUGGUGGGAGGGGGGUCGAGGUGCAGGUUUGAGGGAGGGAGAAUGGGGAAAGUGUAUCUGCACACAGGAUACUGGGAGCCAAGGGGCUGGGGGAG